AUGUGGCAACUUUCCUUUCCUGCGACUCAAACCUUAGCAACUCAAUUAUCACAAGAUACACGGACAUUGAAACAGAUGCUGCUCGAAAAGUGUGCUGAUUGGCAUUCACCAAUACCUGAAAUGAUCGAAAGAACACAACUCGAUCUGCUUAUGGGAAUACCAGCAUUUGAUAGAGAUCCAGUGCCGAUUUCAGAACCAAAAUUGAACGGUAUUCAGAUUGCACUUGUCGGUGAUGCUGCUCAUCCAAUGUCUCCUUUCAAAGGUCAAGGUGCCAAUCAAGCCCUACUGGAUGCUGUUGAACUAGUAGACAUUAUCGCACAGAACAAUCAAGAUUUACAUUCAUCAAUCAGCCAAUAUGAAGAUCGAAUGCUACAACGUGUCUACACAAAGGUUAUGCAGUCCCGAGAACGUGUUACAAGCUUUCAUAGACCAGAAGCACUUUCAACAGAGAAUUUUCUAUAUCGUGGUGUUGAUGAAGGAUUCAUAAAAAGACUGAAUAGCCUAAAAAUAAAUACCCAUUGGAAUGAUCCAAAAGUAUCCAUCGAACAAGCCAUAAUUGACCAAAUAAAUGGUAAAUUAAAAACUGUUUUUAUUUAUGUUACUUAG